AACCCGGAAGUGGGGUCCGCCGGGCUGUACAGCGUAUGUCUAUGGGAGUGUCGCCACUCUGUUUUAAUCCAUUGCUCUGGUAAAACGCUACUGUCCAAAGUUGGUGUCAGGAAAUGGAUUGAGAAAAACUCGAAAUUAUCGGCUUCAAAUCCGUAUAACGGCGGAAGUUGUACAUACAGUCUAUGAUAAACACUAACACACUAAUGACAACGAACACAGAAAUGAGUUCUCCGUGGACAACAACGAUCAUAGCCAGCACAUCACUCCAGGUGAGGAUUAACGUUUUAAUCGUUGAACAGUUUGAAUUUGAUCAAACGUUAUCCUGCUGGCUGGCAACACCGAAUUUUAACACCGAAAUCGCAGAGAUCUGUGCUCAAAACAGGAACAGUUAAAGUUUUUUCCUGUUGUAGCCUAUUGAAUAUUGCGUGCCAUUUGUAUUGGUAUGAAGUUGAUGUAUUUCUUAUAUUUUAAUGAUUUUUUUUCCAGGACCACGAUACAAACAGGAUGCUUAGUGCCCAGCAGCACAGAAUCAGGUUUUCAGACAGUGUGGAGGCUGGAGUCUUCAUUUUCCCCCUGUCAGGUAAAAUCGCUGUAUUGUCUGCCUAGAGAUACAACCAAUAAAGUGUAGCUUUAUUUAUACCUUUAUGCUGAUAAACUAUAACAGCGUCUUUGCAAAAUGUUGUAUUUUUAUAAGCUGCCAUCGAAUCUUUGAAAGCACACCCAAAAUACUCAUUUUUAAACCUGUGUGUAAUGUAACCCUACAGGAAAUGUAUCUAGAUAAAGUUGGAUUACUAUUUGUUGUGGUCAGAGUUAACCAAACAGUACACAAAUAAUGCGUUUAUUCAUUUUCUGAAUUGUUUACUGUAGGCACUGCCUUCCUCUUGGUAGACCCUCACAACCUCCCUGAGCGGUUUGAGGAAUCUGGACUUACUGAGAGGAUCAAUAAAUUUGUGCAAGUACACCGGAAUAGCUUCCUGCUUCUGUAUGCCCCAUUCAAUGGAAAGAAGGAAAUAGAACUACUUGCAUUGAUUCAACGCAGGUGAAUGAAUGAUUGCAUUAUGUCUCUUUAUAAAUUUAAGUUUAAAUAUAAAAGCAAAAUAGCUUAUUUUCAUAUAGUGUAACUAAAUUGAAAAAAAAAUGUAGUUGCACAAACACUGGGAUUAUCAGCGCUGUUAUCUUUAACAGCUUUUGAAUAAGCAUAUUUUCUGUGUCUUACAGAUUCUUUGGUUGCAAACUCAGGGUCCUUUCUGUGCGAAACAAUGCCGAUAUUGUCAAAGGAAUGCUAACAAUUGCCAAGGUAAAGAUGGAAGCAGCGCACAGAGGAUAUUUGGUAUAUCUGUUAAUGAAUUACACAUGCUGUUGCUCUCUCUCUCUCUUCCUCAAAUUAAGCUUAAGGCUUGUUUGUCCACAGGCCACCAGUAAGCCCCAUGUUGACAUGAUCCGUAACCGGAUGUCUCUGGCUCGGGCUCAUAUCAUUGAAAGCAGUCCUGUGUGGGAGAUGCUAAGAGACAUGCUUUAAAGCUCAACAGGUGAUCGAACAUUUUCCUCAAAGAAAAAAUGAAGAUUGUUAUUUAAUGGCAGGGUAAAAGAUGUGAUACGAUAUGUUAGUGGUUUGUUCUCAUCUGUCACAUUUCAUACAGUUACUUUGCCAUGGAGAAAUUCCCAGUUCAGCACUUUUUUCAGUUCAAAGAAAAUUAAAUAAAAUUGGAAAUCAUAACCC